AUGGCUCAACACGAUACUCUCGAACGGCUUCUUCCACAGAGCCUCGCCAAUGCACAACGCGAGGUCUUCUGGGCAGCAUUACUGGUCCUCGUUGCUUCUCUUUGGAUCGCCACGUCGUUCACAAAACAAGUUUCGUUGUUUCCAUCGAUCAACGAGGGCAAGUCGCCAUGGACGAACCUGAAAGCUAGAGCACAUUACGUGAAGAAUGCGAGGCAGCUGUUGGCGGAUGGCUUUCGCAAGUUCGCUGGGCCGUUCACGGUGUUGACCGAUGGCGGGAGAGUGAUAAUGCUGCCUCCCGAUAUGAUCGAGCAUGUCAAUGCUCAUGAGACUCUGAGCUUUAAACAGUAUACGCGAGAGUACAUGCUCGCCGACUAUGAGACCUUUCGAACGUUCAAAAGUCCACCGGAGGGCAUGUUCGAAGAGGCUGUCAUGAAGGGGCUGACUAGGAGCUUGCCCAAGUUCACGAAAGCCUUGUCAAACGAAAUGACCGAUUGCCUGAACGAUAGCUGGAACAAGCUUGACGAUGGCUGGCACGAAAUCAACCCAAGAAACGACGUCCUCGACUGGGUCGCCAGACUCUCCUCACGAAUUUUCCUCCCAGGCUCCUUUGCAGAAAACAAGGAAUGGCUACGCAUCUCAAUCGAUUUCACAACGAACUGCUUCAUCGCCAUCACCAUAUGCAGAUUCGUCCCCUGGCCGUUGCGAUGGACGGCAGAGAGGCUCUUACCACUCUGCCGUAAAGUGCGUGCCGACUACCGCGCUGCGGCUCGUACGCUGCAGCCUGUCUUAGACGAACGACAUAAGGAGAUUGCGGCUGCUGAGCGAGAAGGCAGGAAGCCACAGCUACCUGACGACUCGAUUGAGUGGUUCCGAAAUGCAUCCCAUGGGCGUUGUUAUAAUGAGGUCGAUAUCCAGAUGGGUUUGGCGGUUGCUGCUAUCCACACGACGAGCGAUCUGCUGGUGCAGGCUUUGUUGAACCUUGGAGCACAUCCUGAGCUAUUACAGCCGCUACGAGAGGAGGCGAUAUCUGUGUUGACACAACAUAGAUUGCAGAAGACCGCGUUGUACGAGCUUCGUCUACUGGAAAGCUUCUUCAAGGAGACGCAGCGGUUGAAGCCGAUCAAUAUGGCCACUAUGCACCGCACAGCAACAGCAGACGUCGAGCUAUCAAACGGCAUCAAGAUUGCUCGGGGCCAGCAUACAGCCAUCUCGUCUCACCAGAUGUGGUCAAACGAGCACUAUGAUGACCCUGAUGAGUUCGAUGCUUUCCGCUUCGUCAAGCGAAGACAGACGCCUGGCUUGGAGCAUCGCAGUCAUCUCGUGGCCACAUCUCCUGAACAUCUCGGCUUCUCACAUGGCAAGCACGCCUGUCCUGGAAGAUUCUUCGCUGCGAAUGAGGUCAAGAUUUCCAUGUUACACCUUAUCUUGAAGUACGAUUUCGAACUCAAAGAUAUUGGCAUGGCGAAGUGGAUGGAGUUCGGAACGAAUAUGGUCGCCAAUCCCAAGGCUAAGAUCUGGUUGAGGAAGAGGCAGCCGGAGAUUGAUUUGGAGGCACUUGCGAGCGAGACGUAG